UCAAUUUUUUCGAGAUUUUCAUCCAAGUGGAACUUGAAAUGUGGUCUUUUUUUUCGAGAGAUCCUUCCAAAGAUUUCAAUUUUGAAGUCGGAGAGAUCGUAUCUAGAUUAGAAGAUAAGAGUAUAUGGAAUUUGCACAAAGGCAAAAGGAAGGGUAGUACUGAAGAGGUAUCAAUAUUCGUUUUUGACAUCAGGAAUAGAUCUGAAAGCCAAUUCGAUACAGCCAAGUCAGCAGUGAAACGGUUGAAAACACUUCGACAUCCCAGUAUAUUAACUUACUUGGACAGUUUUGAAUCAGAUAAAGUUAUUUAUUUGGCUACGGAAUAUGUGGAACCUUUAGCAGUACAUUUACAAAAACAAUCUAUUGAGGGACCCCAAAAGGAGUUAUAUGUAGCCUGGGGUAUUUUUCAGAUUACGAGAGCUCUUUCGUUUCUGAAUAAUGAUGGUAAUCUGAAACAUAAUAAUGUCAAUAUAUGGUCGGUCUUCGUUAACAAUUCUGGAGAGUGGAAAUUAGGAGGAGUAGAGUAUGUUUGUACUGCCCAAGAUGAUGGUUCGUCUAUGUACAAAAUCUUACCUAGUUUAGAAGUAUACGAUGCACCUGAAAAACCCGACCCUAAUAUGCUGAAGCUUGCUAAUAAAUGUUCAACUGAUAUGUGGGGCCUUGGCUGCUUGAUCUGGGAAGUCUUCAAUGGAUCUUUGAACAAUCGAUCUUCUUUGAGAAUUCAAGAAAAUAUCCCUAAGCAGUUGAUCCAACUAUAUUCUGAACUUGUCGGAUCAAACCCGUCUUCCAGACCAAAUCCCGCAGAUAUUAUAACUAGGUGUCGAAAACUAGGGGGUUAUUUUAAGAACGACCUAGUUGAUACUUUAUUAUUUUUGGAGGAAAUUCAGAUAAAAGACAAAAAUGAAAAGAACAGAUUCUUCUCUAAUUUGACUCCUCAUUUAGAUAAUUUUCCAGACAAUGUUUGUAAACAUAAGAUAUUACCACAAUUAAUAACAGCUUUUGAGUAUGGAGAUGCCGGAUCGGCGGUUUUAGCUCCAAUGUUUAAGUUGGGUAGAUUGUUGGAUGAAGUCGAUUACCAGAAAAAAAUUGUGCCAUGUGUAGUGAAGUUGUUCAGUAGUAAUGAUAGGGUUACAAGAUCCCGUCUUUUACAACAGUUGGAGUUUUUCAUAGGACAUUUACAAGCUGGUACUGUUAACGAACAAAUAUUUCCCCAAGUUGCUCAUGGUUUUAUGGACACCAAUCCCACCAUAAGAGAACAGACUGUUAAAUCUGUGAUACAUCUAGCUCCUAAAUUAAGUUAUAACAAUCUUAAUGUAGAAGUACUGAAGCAUUUUGCUCGUUUACAAUCUAAAGAUGGCCAAGGAGGCAUUAGGACGAAUACCACUGUCUGUUUAGGAAAGAUAGCCCAACAUUUACAUCCACAAAUUAGACAGAAGGUUCUUAUUUCUGCCUUUAUUAGAGCUAUGAGGGAUCCAUUUCCACCAGCUAGGACAGCAGGAAUUUUAGCUUUAGCUGCCACACAACAAUAUUACCUACUUAAUGAAGUCGCAUUGAGAAUAUUACCAGCACUCUGUCAACUGACCAUGGAUCCUGAAAAGUCUGUAAGGGACUCUGCUUUUCGUACUAUCAAGGGAUUUUUAGGAAAACUUGAGAAAGUAUCUGAAAAUCCUAGUCUUCGGGAGAGUAUGGAAGCAGAUGUUAAUACCGCUACUCCGAGUUUGAGUAAUGCAGCUGCAACGUGGGCAGGUUGGGCUGUGACAGCAGUUACUGCUAAGUUCUAUAGAAGUCAAUCAGAUACCGUGAAGUCCAUGAAUCCAAUGUCUUGUAAAAUGCUUACUAAACCAGCUUCACUUGAGCAACCAUCAAGCAGUAGCAUCUCCACAACCACUUCAAGUGUUACUUCGAUGACUUCGUUAGAACAUGAGGAUGGAAGUAGAGGAAACGAUUCUGUUUCCGAUUACGAUUACGAUCAUUGGGGCGACAAUGAUUGGGGUGAUAUGGAGACGCAUGAGCAGAUGGCAAGUAGUAGCGGAAGUGGAGGUGGAGAUGCAACCAGUGAUCCAACUAGCCCUCCGUCACAUUCCGGACAGGAUAAAGUGACUGAUGGAUGGGACAAUGAAGAAUGGGGUAAUUUGGAAGGAGAACAGGAAACAAAAAGUGAAAUAACAUCUCCUUCAGAAGCGUGGAGUCCUAGUGAGAUAACCACAAUUUUACAAGAAUCACAAAAGGAGAGUUUACCAAAGUCGCCUAUAAAGCAGUCUUCUUCGAACCAAGAUGGGUGGGAUAAAACAGAAUUUGAACCACUUGAAGAAAAACCAGGCAUCAACCCCAAAUUAGAGGAGGCGAAGAGGAAAAGAGAGGAAAGAAAAUUGAUGAGGCAAAAAGAAUUGGAAACAAGACGUGCCAGUAAGACUAUGGGUGGUCCAAUGAAAUUAGGCUCUAAAAAAUUAUAAUCAUACUCUUUUCCAAAAACAAUUGAAUAAAUAUAAAUAGCCUUGACUCUCAACUUCAAUAGUAAAAAUUCAUAAGCUGAGUUUGUCAUUCUGGAAUUUUAUGAAAUUGUUUCAGCAUUCAAUUCAAAUCUUUUGAAUUCCUUCAAAAUGUAUGAAUUCAUAUCAGAUGACAUUGUCGUAUCAUAAUACUAAUUCAUACGCACCAGAAUUUGAAAAUUUUCGUUUUUGAUGCAAAAUAAUUUUAGGAAUGAGUUUUUCUAUGUUGAAUGUUAUCUUGGCCUAAAAAUGUAUGUAUUUUUGUGGUUAUGUAAAUAAUUUUGUAAAUUUUCAUUUAUUAAUAAAUUAAUAAUUGAUAGAUUCAAAUUAUAUACUCGGUGAGUCAAUAGAGUUCGAUCGGUCGAUAACUCUUGGAAAUUUUGGUCUAACAGAAUUAUUCAAAUUUGACGCAAUCGAGAGUACUCAACGCAUAAACAUAAAAUAUUUUUGACUCUUUAGACCGGUCCGAAAGUGGUGAAACACGAUACUAUCCUGUUUUUCGAAUAAUAAUACCCAAUUUUCAUAUUAUACUAUCUCCAUGGAAUUAUGAUUUCGAAAUACCUCACUUGCCACUUGGUACUUUUUGACGUACGCCACUUUUGCCGAAAAAUUUCAUGGUUAUAAUAGUUUAAACUGAAGAUAAUAUCUUGAAAACCGUUCGAGAUAAUUGUAGCAUUUUUUCAAUCGAAUUCCCGGUUUCCAAUCUGUUGCAAAUUCACUUUGCAUAUGGUACGAAAGACCUUAGAAGAAAGAGUAUACUUUCCUCGGGAUAAGAUAACACAACUGUACUAAUACCUAGUGAACCUGAAGAUGAGCCAAAUGAAAGAAAUCAUCAAAAUAUUUGGAAACAUUCAUUUCGACAAAAUGAAAUAGACACCACGUGAACAAACAGAAAUAUAGUCUGGAGUAUUUUAAUGAGUUCAAAAAUACUGCAUAUUCGCAGAGGAAAAAGUCGCGUCAAUAUUUAUCGUUCAUAUGAUCUGCUCAGAUGCCUGCAAACUUUUUUCAAAUCGAGCUGCAUCUCAUUACAAUUAUAUUAAACUUAUUAAAAAAAAAUUGCAGACAUCUAUGAGAUAAAUAUAAAUGAGAUCUUUUCCGCCGCAAAUAUGCAGUUAUUUCAAACUCUUUAAGAGAAUUCAUGCUGUUUCUGUUUGUUCACGUGGUCUCCGUUCCAUUUGAUCCAAAUGAAUGUUUCCGAAUAUUUUGAUGGUUCCUUUGAUUUUAAUUUAUAUUAUUAGAAGGUAUCAAGCAGAGUUGAGUAAUCUUGCCUUUUUGAAACUGUAUGCGUGGAAAGUAUACGCCAGCAUCCGUGUAAAACAUGAAAUGUGAGGCAUUUUGAAAACUAUUCAUUUUAGGCACAACCUGUCUCAACCAAAAAUGAAGACUACACACUAGGGUAUCCGAUAGACAAAAUAAUCAGGGCAUGCCAUUUGAUUAAAUGGACUUAUUGAUAUUUUUAAAAGGUCAUAUUUUGUCAAAGGUCAACUUAAAACAAUUGCAGUUUCUUUCGGAACAUCUGUAAAGUGGUCCAUUAAAAUGCAUAAGACUUGAAAACUUUUCGAGAAUCCAAUAAAAAAAAUUAUACAAUUAUCUCGAACGGUUUUCAAGAUAUAAUCUCUAGUUGAAACCACAGAUAAAUUGGGUAUUUCAAAACCAAAUUUUCAUGGAAAUUAUUAGUAUGACAUAAAAAUUGGGCUUUUUUAUUUAAAAAAAACAGGAUGGUAGUCAACAGUCUGUCAAAAUUUGAAUUAUUCUCCUAGCUCAAAAUCUCCAAGAGUUAUCGACCGAUGGAACACUAUUGCCCCAGGCUGUAUAUAUAAAUAUAUAUAAUGUGAUGUGAACCUGAUUUCUUGAAUUCUAUUUAUAUAUAGGUAUAUAUUCCUUUUGGUUUUUGCAUUUAACAUUUUCAUUCGUAUAGGUAUCAUCGAAUAAUGUAUCACUCAUCAAUUCUCAGCUUAUAUGAAUCAAUAAACUAAGAAGUUCUAUUUCGAAUUAAAUAUUUUUCAACACUA